AUGGGAAACGCCGUGUCUGGCCCAGCCGUGCGCGUGCAAGCAGGCGCGUUGGAUAGUUACGUCGCUGAGCUCGGCCCAGAUAUUCACUAUGACAAGAGCGUCGGUCAUUCGCGGUUUCUCAAGACAGUCAAAGCCAAUCACAAGAAUGGUCCCCUUCUAAUCAAAAUAUUUGUAAAACCAGACCCAGGAUUAACAGUACUGCGCACUUAUCACCAUCGUCUAAACGCUCAACGAGACGCCCUCGCCGAUAUUCCAAACGUAUACACGUAUCAAGCAUUCGCAGAAACAGACAAGGCUGGAUACAUAAUUCGACAAUGGCUGGCAAACAACCUGUUUGACCGCAUUAGCACCCGGCCCUUUCUAUCUCAGAUUGAGAAGAAAUGGGUGGCUUUUCAAAUUCUUACCGGACUCAGAGAUGCGCGCAAGAAAAAGAUUGCUCAUGGCUCACUUUCCACGACUAACAUCUUGAUCACGUCAUCGAACUGGGUUUAUAUCACCGACUUUGCUUCGAAUCUGAAACCGACCAAUCUGCCGUUGCAUGACCCGGACGACUUUUACUACUUUUUCGACUCUGGAGGCGUUAACCGCGGCGUGUGUUGCGUGGCCCCAGAACGAUUCUAUGACAAUGGAGGAGAAGUUGAAAAGUUGAAACAGACUCUGACGACGGACUUGUGGAAGAAGGAUGGGGUCAUUACAGAGGCGAUGGACGUCUUUAGCGCUGGGUGUGUUAUCGCAGAGCUGUUCACCGAGGGAGGUGGCAUGUUCAAACUUUCCGAACUGUUCAAGUACCGUGAGUCUGGCGGAGAUCUCAACAAGAUGCCCGAGCUCGAGGGACGUAUCAACGCGAUAAAAGACCCUGCGAUUCGCACCAUGGUCUUACAGAUGAUAGACUUGAACCCCAGUCUUCGUCCGUCGUUUGAUAGCUUGCUUUCAUCUGCUCGAGGAGCGGCCUUUCCGGAGAGCUUCUAUGAAUUCUACCACGGCUAUGUCCACUCGAUUCAAGAACUCCCAUCUCCCUCCCCAUUCGCCUAUACAUCUCACCCAUCAGCUCCAUCUGUCAUCACAACGCAAGCGUCCUCGUUGCGCCCCUCUCAUAUGACACCUGCAACCGAGGGUACUAGCACGCCGACCUCGGCGCACCCGUCCCCGACGGUGUUCUCCGCCAGCUCUCAGAUGACUUCAUUUUCUCAGGCGUCUACUGCCAUGCAAACAGUGGUAACUUCGGCGGCGACACAAGAUGGUCGUCCUGGGGAUGCUAGACGUGGUGAUCCUUUACCACGUGACGCGGAUCGAAGGAUUGACAUUAUAUGGAGCGAUUUCGAGAGGGUUGUUCCCUUUCUCAAUCAAGAGCUUCGCGCCGAAGGCUCGCAAGGGCCCACAGACAUUUGGUCGACCGCUCAUGACCUUGGCCGCAGUGAUAUCAAGACACUCAACGAUAUCUUACCUGUUGAGAUUGACAUUCCCAACUUGCCAUCUGUCCUGCCAGGCGUCCGAGACAAGAAUUCCAAAGCCGCAUCUCAAGAUGGAACCGCUCUGAUUAUUUUGUCACUGAUCUCAUCCAACAUACGAUCUUGCCUCCUUCCUUCAUCCAAACUCAAAGCUCUAGACCUGCUCCUCUUCCUAAGCUGCUUCCUGACGGACGAAGCCAAAUUGGAUCGUUUGAUUCCUUUUGUCGUAGAUCUCUUGCAUGACGAUUCCGCAAUCGUUCGUGCCAGCAGUGUACGGGCAAUCUUACAAGUGUUGAGCCUUGUUUCAGCCAUCACCCUUUCCAACGCUUCGAUGAUUCCCGAAUAUAUUCUCUUCAACACCAAGCAUCUCACCGCCGAUCCUGACGUCAUGGUUCGAUGCAUAUACGCGCAAUGUUUGGUACCGUUGACAGAUACGAGCGGUUUAUACCUCGAGAUGUCACAGGCGUUGAAAGCGCACGGUGGGAGGAGAGCAGCGGACAGAACAGAUGUCCAAGACGAGUCUUAUGAUACUGCAUUGGCAGACUUGCAGGCUCCAAUACAGGAGCAACUUGUAGCGCUUCUUUUCGACAAAGCAUCUGUCGUCAGACGAGCCAUUCUCAACAACACUUCGAGUUUAUGCAUCUUCCUUGGGAGGCAAAAGACCAAUGAUGUGCUACUGAGUCACAUGCUGACAUACCUCAACGAUCGAGAUUGGAUGUUACGCUAUGCAUUCUUCCAGAGUAUCGUCGACGUUGCUGUAUGUGUCGGGGGUAAGAGCUUGGACAGCUAUAUCCUCCCAAUGAUGAUACAAGCGCUGUCAGAUACGGAGGAGACGGUCGUUGCAAAGGUUUUCCAGGCGCUUACAGAGCUGUCGGACCUUGGCCUUUUCCAGAAAAUUAGAAUCUGGGAACUCAUGAGCGGAGCUCUCGGAGUCAUGUAUCAUCCGAAUAUUUGGAUUCGUCAAGCUGCUGUGUCUUUUCUGGCUUCGGCUGCGCGUAAAUUACCAAGAACGGAUGUAUGGUCCAUCUUAUAUCCGUCGUUAAAAUUCUUUCUACGAUCGGAUGUCAAAGAUUUGGACGAAGAAACCAUUCUGACCUGCAUGAAGUCACCGAUACCUCGCCAAACCUUUGAUGCUGCGGUGGCUCGGGCAAGGAAUGGGGAUAGGCAGUUCUGGAAAGGCGCAAUGGUAAAGCCAACCUUGACCGGAGUCGAAACGAUCAAGGAGAAUCGCAACGCUCUCAAGCAGUCGACUGGCAUGACCCCACGAGGCUUGGCGACCAAGCUGGAGGAGGAUGAGCAGCAAGGCGUAAGAACCGGGGAUAAGGAGACAUCAGAUGCAGUCAAGCUCAAGGCGAUGAAAGAUUAUAUCGAAAAGCUGGUUGAUCCGGGUUCCUCAAGGCUCAAGGCGCGUCCAGAGCCUAAAUCUGAACAAGAAAUUCUGUUAACCGGAAUGGAAACCAUUAACCUGCAACGACUCGGCGUCGUCCUUCACACUGUCUUCAUUGGCAGUAACACCUUCUCGUCCCGUCGUCCGGAGGGAUCCCGUCGGUCUACUAUCACAGAUACUCCCAGAUUCACUUCUCCGAGUGUCAUGUCGAGCCCGCGAAUGCUUCCGAGUGACCGAAAGGAAGGCCACCAAUUGGACGAUUUGCGAAAGCGACUCCUUGCUAUGGACGCAUCGACAACCUCCGUUCAUAACACAAUGCCUCCUGGUCUCAAGGAUAGAGAAAGAAGAGAAUCGACCAACUCAGUUCAAAGUGGAACAGGUCUGCAUCUUACACCAGUGCUUGACAAGAGUCCACCAGAGUCUGUGACAUCUGGCGGUGACGGUUUUGCUAGUGCCUUCGCCCGAAGGCGUCACAAAAUUCAACUCAGCUCAGAUGGUCGAGCUCAGCCGUUGGUUGGCUCCAUCAGGACCAACGUUGCCGGUCUUCUUGAGACGCCAUCGACACUGAAAGUUGUUCAAGAAGAUUCGACAGCCCCUUCUGGUCGUUCAUCUCCAACGUCUCAAGCCGGAACCCUUAGGAAGGAGCAAAGAGCAGGUCUCUUAACCCUACACACACUCUCGACUUCUGAUGGGGAUGCGGCGAUCGCCACUCUUUUGGAGCAUUUGAGCCAAGACACGGGCAAGGAAGCCAUGCGUGAUUUCGGACCUUAUAUCAAAGAGGGACCAUUACGGCGUCGGAAUAAUGUUCGCGCACCUCUUCAUAGUCGAGAUAGUCCCGGACGCAAAGCGGAUAUCACGCUGGUGGCGAAUCUUACGGCCCAUACAGGUCCAGUUAAUGCCAUAGUGGUCGCUCCGGAUCACGCCUUCUUUGUGUCUUGUUCUGACGAUAAUACUGUCAAAGUUUGGGAUACGGCAAAGUUGGAGAGGAAUGUGACGCGGAAGCCUAGGCAUGUCUAUAGGCAGCAUCAUGACAAAGUGACAGCCCUCUGCAUGCUGGAGAAUUCACAUUGUUUCGCCAGCGCCGCAGCAGACGGAAGCCUCCAUAUCGUCCGUGUGCAUAUCACGUACAGUGGUGCCGGUGUGGCCAAGUAUGGCAAGAUUUCGAUUGUGCGGGAGCAUCGAGUGGACCAUGCUGGCGAGUUCAUCACCUCGCUUCUGCAUUACAACUCGGACUCUGCUUCCAACCUUAUCUAUGGCACAAGUCACGGCAAUAUUGUUAUCAUGGACCUAAGGACAAUGCGAAUACUGCAGACAUUCAGUAGUCCUGUCCAGCACGGAUCUAUUACCAGUAUGUGCUUGGACAGGCGGCGGACAUGGAUUGUGUCCGGUACACUCUCUGGUACCCUGACAUUAUGGGACAUACGCUUUGGAAUCUCUCUUAAAUCAUGGAAGGUUGCGGCAGCAGGGAGCGCCGGGGUUAACACUCGAAUUUAUCAAUGCGUCGCGCAUCCAUCUAACCGCCAAUGGAUCAUCGUUUCCUCGGAAACUCACUCCAGCUCGCACUCUGACUCUGGUCGGGUCCUCGUCGAGGUGUGGGAUUUGGAGAAAACGGUCGUUGUCGAAACGAUUGUCAGCCGAGAAGUCUCUAUACCUACUCGUGGGCAAGCAGCCACCGUAGUUACUUCUUCAAGCGCUCGGACUCCUCUUCCGGUGCCGCAAACACCAGCGGAAGCAAUUGCAGCGCUGCUUGCGUCUCGCGGUUCGCAGAGCACAGGCAAAGCUCCUCACAUCGAACCAGUUAUCGACGAAUUUACACCACCUGGAGAUGUCUGGUCGCUUGCUGUCGGCCUCGACUUCGGAUCUCAAGGAUCGUCUUCAGUAGUAAAAGACGGAUUUGUCUUGACGAGUGGCCCCGGUACUUCGGAAAGGCGCUACAAGGACACAUGCUUCAUCUUGAUGGGCUCUGAAGAUCGCAAACUUCGACUAUGGUACCUUGGUCAAAACCAGGUGGAACGUUCGCUGAUCAUCAGCGGCGUCGAUCCUGAUGCGCCGGCCCCAUCGUACAGUACUAUUCGCUCGACCUUGGAAAGCGUACCUACUCAUACGGAAAUCUGGUCUCACUUUGACUCGCGAGAGAUGGAAAGACAGCGAAUCGCAGCCCGACCAAGUCUUAUUAGCCACCACCAACAAAGUACUCUUCGCUCACAUCAAGAUUGCAUAACCGCCAUCGCAUGCAUCGACUCACCGUUUAGAGGUGGUGUGAGCGGCGCGGAAAUAACCUAUGUUUGGCCUAUAAAGGAUGAACCGUUCCACGUUCCCCAAGCUCAAGCCUACUGCGAAGGUCAAUGGGAUGUCUGGGACCCGAAAAUAACGACUCCGCCCGGCCUCUACAUCUCUGCUGUGGUUCUGCGCAACGUUUUUAUGUUCAAAUGUCGGCUUCCGCUCCUUCGACUCGUGCCAGCGUUGCACCUGCUUUCUCUGCCAUUAUCUUUGCAGGCACUCGAAGCAUACCACCAAAGGCUACCUCAGCCUGAUGAGAUGCUCUCCCUGUCUUUAUCAUCCAUUGCCCUCGCCAUCUUUCCGCCCUUGUGGUUCUUCGGAUUCCUAUUCUACACGGACGUUCCAGGCAUUGCAUUUAUCCUUGCAGCGUUUGUGAUGCAGACGAAAUCUUCCAACUGGAUUGCAGCUUUGUUGGGACUGUGGAGUCUUUUCUUCAGGCAAACGAAUAUUAUCUGGAUCCUAUACAUAUUUGCAUAUCAUCAAGUCUUCAAACUGCGGUGGGAGCGUCGACAAACAGGCGAAAAUGCCAUCUUAUACGAUCCACCUGCGGACAAGGCGACUCUCAUGGAUUUGCCGUCGGCUUUUUUCUCUCUUUUCCGAGUUGUCCCUCGUUUACUGGUCGAAUUUCUGCCAUAUGGACUUGUGACAGCCGCUUUUGCUGGCUUCGUCUUCUGGAACGGCGGAAUAGUGCUAGGUGACAAGUCGAACCACGUUCCAGCGCUUCACAUCCCACAACUCUUCUACUUCUACGCAUUUAGCACUGCAAUGGGGUUGCCCACCCUUCUAUUCUCAGGUGCUGGCCGAUCGGCUGGCCCGGUUGGCCUUGUGAGGGCCACUUUUGACAGGAUGUUCGGAAGCACCAGACGAAUCACUCUUACUUUGAUUUGGACGAUGCUCAUUGCCGUCUGUGUCCACUUCUUUACCAUUCAUCAUCCAUUCAUCUUGUCUGACAACCGCCAUUAUACAUUCUAUGUAUGGAAGCGACUGUUGUUCCGACACCCCCUCAUCUCGUACGCCAUGUCGCCAGUGUACCUUGCAUGUUGGUGGGCAUGGUGGAUCCGUGUCGGCACAGCGCAGUCUCUCCUUCAGUCUCUUGUCCUUCCUCUUGCGCUUAUUCCGUCCCUACUACCAUCGCCUCUCUUGGAGCCGCGGUAUUUCCUUAUUCCAUACAUUCUUUUGCGCCUUCAAGUACCACCAUACGACGAGUCUGAGCCACUGGCUCCGAAUCAGCCACCGCCGAAACCAUCCUCCGCCGCAAAGGGCAUCAAGAGAACAAACAGUGGUGUAGAUUGGGCGCUAUAUCUACCAUGGAUCGAAGUUGCGUGGUACGCACUCAUCAACUGUGCCACCAUGUACGUUUUCCUCUACAAGGAGCGUGCCGUACAAGGCCUGAAUGAAUUUUAA